AUGCAUUUUGUUCAAAAAUAUCUAGAAAAAAUUCCUAUGCCAUCAAUAAGUACAAAUGCUACUACCAGUAAAAAAUCCUCAAACAUUUAUCUAUACUGUAAUUAUUACAGCUUUUAUUCUCAAAAGGUUCUCAUGAGUCUUUACGAAAAAAAUGUAGAUUUUGAGCCGUUGAUUGUGGACAUAACAAAAGGAGAGCAGUAUUCAUCAUGGUUUUUGGAUAUAAAUCCCCGAGGGGAAAUUCCAGUUCUAAAAGUAAAAAAUGAAGUUAUUCCAGAUUCAACAAGAAUUUUAGAUUAUUUGGAAUAUUAUUUAGAUCCAGAAUUAACACCGUUAAUAAACGUUUCAACAGAUAACAAAGUGAUUGAUAGCAUCAAUAGAUUCCGAGAGAUGUUGGAAGCACUUCCAGGGGGCUUGAUAACAGUGGGCUCAUUCUUUCAUCCUCAUUUAAGUGGCACUCCUAAGUUGCCGUUCAUACUGCCAGUGCGUGAAAUACUGAAAAGUGGAGACUUGGGUAAUUCAACAAACCUAAGGAAAUUGGCUGAAGAAAAUCCUAAAGCUAAAAGUAUAUUAUUGUACAAAGCUGAGAUACAGGAUCGCAAACAUGAAAUAAUAACAAAUGAAGAAGAGUACACUAAAGUACUAAAAAUUAUAGAUCAAGUUAUGAGCCAAAUUGAACAACAAUUGAAAAAGCAACCUGAAGGUAACUGGCUGUGCUGUGAAAACUUUAGUAUUGCUGAUAUCAACCUGGCAAUUCUUCUUCAACGUCUAUGGGAACUUGGUUACGAAGACAGAUAUUGGGCAGCCGGAAAACGCCCUUUAUUAGAAAACUAUUACAAUCGUGUCAAACAACGGGAAUCUUUUAAAAAGACAAUACCUAGUUUACCAGUUCACCUAAAAAUGAUAGUUAUGUCACAGCCACCUUUAUAUCUGGGUGCUGCUGGCGCUGCUUCUAUCGGCGUUAUUUUUGCAAUUGCAUACGUAUUAAAGAAAAUUGUACGUUAA